AUGGGUCAAAUCAAUAAAGUGUUGAUUGUUGGCGCAGGCAUAGCCGGUCUUUCUCUUGCAAUCGCCCUUCGCAAACGUGGUGUAGUGGUUGAGAUUUUUGAAAGAACGCCUGAGCUCAGUGAGGUCGGCGCAGCGAUCUCGGUAGCGCCCAAUUCUACUCGGGUCCUGUUAUCCUUCGGUUUUGAUCCAAAACGCGCUCGUGCCACUGACGCCGGGCCCCAAUAUGAAUAUAAUAAGGAUGGUGUUGUUGUUGAUUCACUCGACCUUCGGGAUAUUGUUCGUGAUGUUGGUGCACCUUGGUGGUUUCUUCAUCGUGCAGACUUGCAAUUUGAGCUACUCCGAAUCGCAACUAGUGAUCGGGAUGAAUGCUGGGGUCCUCCAGCAAUGCUGAGACUCGGCGUUAAUAUUAUACGUGUGGACUGUGGAAGUGGGGUCAUCGUCUCGGAUAAAGGUGAAAGCUUCCAAGGUGACCUUAUUAUUGGGGCAGACGGAGUGAAAUCGGUCAUCAGGCAGGAACUGCUCUAUCCCUGUAGAGAUAAUACUCUUCUAAACCUUUUUGCACCUGUGUUCUGGGAGGCUAGUCAAUCAGUUGAGAGCUGGCGCGCAAACGGCAAAGCUUCUGACCUUGCGGAAAAGUUCAAAGAAUUUCCGAAACCCCUUCAGAAACUUCUUUUAAAAGACUCCAGUCCUGGAUUAUGGCAGAUUAGGGAUCGCAAUCCUGUACAAGGCUGGCACAAAGGCAAUGCUCUUUUAAUUGGCGAUGCAGCACAUCCCAUGCUUCCGCACCAAGGCCAAGGUGGCGCUCAAGCUAUUGAGGAUGCGGCCUCGUUACCUAUUUUCCUCCUUGACACUCCCCCAGAUAUGAGUUUAGCAGACCGUCUACAGCGUUUCGAAGAAUUUCGCUAUCCCCGAGUUACUGCCAUACAAGAGCGCUCUCGGCAACAAAAGCAAGGACCUAAACAGAGAGAGGGUAAACUUCCAAGUAUUGAAAUGUGGUCACAGAUUGACAAGCAGGUGUCAUACGACGUUGUCGGAGAAGCCAAGAAUGCAGUGCUUGAGCUGUCUGGGAGUAAAUAG